UAGCCACAACAUUGAAAAUGAGACAGGGUUGCUUUAAGAGAGAGGGCGGAAACUGUUAUCCGAAACUUGCUAAACGUUAAGCUUUAGGGACUGCCAGCACGUUGCAUCAGUCAAGUUCCACACUGCAGGAUCCAGCCUAUAUCAGUUCAUCAUAUAACCAACCAGCUUCCAGACUGCCUCAGUUGUUCCUAACAGAGCAGUUAGUCUUUUUUGCUCAAGUUUCAGCCAGGACCUUUACACUGGAUUUUGAAAUUGGCUGUAGAAGCUGCCUACUAGAUCAGUACAAAGAGCAGAAAAUAACCCCAAGAGUGAAUAGAGCGGCUUCAUAGACUCACUCUGCAUUCUGCCUAAACUUCAAGGGAUCUUAUUUUUAAAUAAGCAGGCUCUUCUCAGGGCAAGUCCUACUGAGAAGUGGGAAUGGCAAAGGCAGUGGUCCUGUUUCUCCGUGUUUGUGUGCAGCUGCUUGCCCUGCCUAUAUACCUGCUAUCAUUCCUGGGCAUAUGGGACCCAUUCUGUAAGAAGAUAUUCUUUCCCUUCUUCAUGGAGAAGUUAACUGCAAGUUACAACCGGAGGGUGUCAGGGCACAAACAAGAGCUGUUCUGCAACCUGCAGGAGUUUGCAGGCCCCUCGGGGGAACUGACUUUGCUGGAGAUUGGGACUGGCACUGGCGCCAACUUCCAAUUCUACCCACCUGGCUGCAAAAUUACCUGCACUGACAUAACCCUCAACUUCCAGCACGGUCUCUCCAAGAGCAUGGCACAGAAUCAGCACCUCCAGUUUCAGCCCUUCCUAGUGAUCCCAGGGGAGGACUUGAACCAAGUGGCUGACAGCUCUGUGGAUGCAGUGGUUUGCACCUUGGUCCUGUGCUCAGUGCAAAGCAUAGAGGGUGUCUUGAAAGAAGUUUUGAGAGUACUCAGAGCCGGUGGGGCAUUUUAUUUCUUAGAACAUGUAGCUGCAGAUCCUACAAGCUGGAGCUAUUUUUGGCAGCAAGUCUACUAUCCAACUUGGAAACUUGUGUUUGAUGGAUGCUACCUCACAAGAGAGAUCUGGAAAAACCUUGAACAGGCCACGUUUUCAGAAAUAAAGUUACGGCACAUACAAGUCCCAUUAUACUGGACUCCAGUUCAGUCUCAUAUCAUCGGAUAUGCUAUAAAAUAAUUCUCACUGUGCUGCGACGUAUGCACUUUUUUAUGUUUGCUUCUGUACAAAUCAUCUACAGUAACUCCUCACUGAACGUUGUGUUGUUCGUUGCUGAUCAAUUAGAGAACAUGCUCAUUUAAAGUUGCACAAUGCUCCCUUAUAACGUUGUUUGGCAGCCACCUGCUUUGUUCACUGCUUGCAGAAAGAGCAGCCUGUUGGAGCUACCUGUUGGGGGCUUGAAACCAGGGUGGACCCGCACCCCCCCUUCAGCUCCCCUAAGUACCCUGUGCAGCAGCCGCCCAGCAGGCUAUCAAUUGCCAGGUAGUUCAGCUGUCUCUCCCCCCCACUGCCCUAUGCUGCUCCUGCCCCUCUGCCUUGGAGCCUCCUGCUUGCUGUGCAGGGGCGGGGGGAGAAGAAGAGGGAUACUAAUGUCAGGGUGUCCCCCUCUCCCCACUCCGGUACCCUAUCUCCACAGAGCAUGGGGGGGGGACACCACAGGACUCUGGAUGGAGGGAGCUUGCUGGCAGCAGCAGCUGCUGUCUCAACUUGCUGAUCUACUUAAAAAGACAGUGUAUUUAGAGUGGGGUCAGCAU